AUGGGUACCUCAGCUCCUACCGAAACCGCAUCCUCAACGGCUAACUACCGCCGAACACCUGCUACCCAAACAUCACCACCUACAAUUAAGGGCCGACGUCGCUCGGCUUCAAUACACGGAACCCCGUCAUCCUCAUUUCAGGCUCCACCAAGCAAAAUUGGUCCCCAGCGUACAAGUAAAGUUUCGCAAAAGUUAAAGAUUCUCCCAAGUCCCGCAGACCAGGAUGAGGAGAGCGGACGCGAUGUGUAUUCUCAAGUUACGCGAAUCAAAGAUACUACAGCUCGUCGAGAUGCGGAGCGGCUUGGAAAAGCUGAGAGAGCACAUUUGCCCAGAUCGUCAGACUAUAACUAUGAUCGACCACCACAACCACCUACAAUCCCAGAGGAUGAUCUGAUUGACUUGGUCAGUGAUCAACACUCAAGAAACAGCGCAACGGACGAUACAGGUAGUACAGAGAGUGAGAUUAUGGAAGACGAUAGAGACGAUAGAUCGCUUCUAAAUUUCGUGAUGGAGCAGAAUAAAUCGGUAGUGUCAAGCGAGGUGUUUCUUUACCAAUACGGGGUAGUUGUAAUUUGGGGAAUGACAGUGGGCGAGGAGCAGAGGUUUUUGAAGGACAUCGCAAAAUUCGAGAGUGAGAAGCUGGCGGAUGACGACGUACAGGUCGAAAACUUCAAUUUUUACGUCACAAGCUCGUACCAGCCAAGAAUCUAUAACGACUUCAUCACGCUGAAGGAUGGGGGGAAUUACAUGAUCAAGCUCAGUAUCAGCCAUGCUAUAGCCCAGUCAGUGAAGAUCUCGCUAUUUGAGGACCUCGUCGAUAAUACAAUCGAGGAUACAAAAUCUAUUCCACAGGAUGUUGCUACAACGGGGAAAGUAAAUAUGAGUAGGCGUGAUAUCAUGAAGCAUAUAGGCGAACUAUUUAUUCUCCGAAUAAAUAUAAACCUUCAAGGUAGCGUGUUAGAUAGUCCAGAACUCAUGUGGGCAGAACCGCAACUAGACCCAGUCUAUCAAGCCGCACGAAGUUAUCUAGAAAUCAAUCAAAGAGUUUCGCUUUUAAAUCAACGAUUAGAUGUGAUUGGAGACUUGCUCCAAAUGCUCAAAGAGCAAAUGUCCCAUUCACAGGGAGAACAUCUGGAAUGGAUCGUUAUCGUAUUGAUUGCAGCAGAAAUCCUUGUAGCCGUCGUCAACGUUGUUGUAGAUCUUUUUGCCGGGGCAGAUUAA